GAAAUAAUGCUAUACAGAAAGAAGAAGUCGCAUUUUUCUUGGUAUAAUACCUUAUAUUUGUAGAUUUGCCUUUUUGUUCCAAUCAUUUUUAAACUUAUAAUAUGGGAAUUUGUUAAAAGUAGAUAAGUUAACUGCUUCCAGAUAAGAAGAACCAAUAUUAAGUAUUGUUGAAACUUGUAUAAUGUUUUAUCAAUCAGUAGGUAGUUUAAUGACUUUUCCAGGAAAAUUAUGAAAAUCGUCCAAAUAAAAUAAUUCCAAAAACUUCCAGGAUAUCACAAGAGUGUCAUCUUCAAAAAUUGAGAAUUUACAAAUUUGGUUCUUGGAUUAAUCUUUCCAAGAAUUAAUCUGAUUAAGUAUCGCGUUUGUGUCCAAGAGAUGUCCAAAUAAUCUCCAAACUGUUCCAUGAAUUUUCAGGAUGGCAAUUUGAUAAUCCAGCAAUUUUUGAUUAAAGUUUUCAAGUGAAAUCUUAUAACUGAACACCUAAGCUCAUGUAAAUUUCAAUAACAAUGACUUCCUAGUUCAAGGGAAUUUGGUAUUUAGAUUAGGUAAUCCAUCCUUGAAUUAUUAAUUAAGCAUCCCGUUCGUGUCCAGAAAGCACUAGAAUAGUAAUUUGAUAAUUUAACAAUUUUUGGCAUCAGGUAUUGCUAAAGUUUCCAAAAGUGAUCUCCAGAAACUGCGCACUUAAGUACGCCAAUGCAAAAUUUCAAUGACAUGGUUUAAGGAAAAUGGGUACUUAGAUUACUUCUUCCAGGAAUUAAUGUAAUUAAGCAUCCAAGAUGUCCAAAUAAUCUCUAAACUUUUCAAAAAUAUCUAGGAUAGCAAUUUGAUUAACGAGCAAUUGCUAAAGUUUUCAAGUGUGAUCUUCAGAAACUGAGCAUCUAUUCCCAUGUAAAUUUCAAUAAUAAUGACUUUCUGGUUCAUAGAACUUUGGUACUUUGAUUAAGCAAUUCUUCCAGGAAUUAUUAUACUUAAUUAAGAAUCGCGUUUGUGUCCAAAAUGUCUUAAAACUUCCAAGACUCUAAUUUGAUAAAUCAGCAAUUUUUGGCAUAAUUUUUUAUUAUAACUUAGUAGAGCUUUUAGGUGCCAUCUUCAAAACCUGAGCAUCUACCUACACAUAUGUACGAAUCAUUGCAAAUAGAAAUUAGUUCCUAGUUCAUAAAAAUUUGGUACUUUGAUUAAUCCUUCCAGGAAUUAAUGUAAUUAAUUAAGCAUCCAAGACAUCCAAAGAAUCUCUAAAGACCUCCAGGAAAGCAAUUUGAUAAACUAGCAAUUUUUGGAAUAAAUUGUUAUUAUAACCUAGGUCGGUUGUACCAUACCAAAUAGUAUAGUGGUUCAGUUGAACUUUACUGCUACUUGAAUUUUUCCAAUCCAUAUAAUUAAGUGUCCAAGACACCCAAAUAAUCUCUAAACUGUUUCAAAAACCUCCAGGAUAGCUCUUUAAUAAACCAGCAAUUUUUGGCAUUAUUACUUAUUUUUCCAAGUGCGAUCUUCAAAAACUGAGCACCCGAGCUCAUGUAAAUCUUAAUAACAAUCACUUCUUGGUUCAUAAAAAUUUAGUAGGUACUUAGAUUCAGGCAAUCCUUCCAGAAUGUCCAAAAAACUUUCAGGAAAGCAAUUUAAUAAAUCACCAAUUUUUGUCAAAACCUGAGCACCUACGCCCAUGUACGUAAGUAUCAUUGCAAAUAACAUUGUGGUUCAUAGAAAUUUGGUACUACAAUUAAUCCUUCCAGGAAUUAAUGUAAUUAAGCAUCGCGUUGAUGUCCAAGACAUCCAAAUAAUCACUAAAAUCGUUCGAAUAAUUCAUCCAGCCCCAGGACGGGCAGAACAAAACGAAACGGGCGAUAAUAAACUGGGCCGCCAUGAUGUCGGAACGGACCCCGACCCAAAAGAGAAUCAAGUACAUUUCAGGUGCUUAUCAAAAAGGUCACCCGUCGAUCCUCCUCACUUCAGUCAGAUCGAUAGCAGAGCUCAGUGAGCCUCACACACAGGCCAAGCCGAACAACCAUCGAGUUUCGGUGUUCAGUUGGCAUGGCUGGCUGUAGCUGCUCGGCUAGGCUUCCCCUCUCCUCCUAAACAGCUCAGACCGACCUCCUAUUCCUCGAAAGGGAAUUCAAUCCAACGAAUCAUGCGCAUGGAACACCGUAUUGAUCCUUCCAAUUCUCAACUUCCAGUUUAGCUGAUGGUACCACUCGGUGAACCCACAGUUGCUACAAAGCUUUCAAAGCGAUUAUUUUAUAGAGCUUCAGAGGCGUAGUAUAAUUAUUUUAAAAACUUACCUAUGAUUAUUUUAAAAACGGUGUUGAUUUUUCGGGUUUGUGAUUUGUUCGGGUGCCAGUAGCAGCGCUUGCUUACCCCCCAAAGAGGUGGUAAGUAGAAAAAGGACUUUCCGGCGCAGUGUGACGUCAAAUAACUGAUCCCCACUCGGUUGUAAAUUAAAACAUGGCCGACUGGAUUGGACAGUAAAGCGAAGUUGGUUGUCGGCGGUGCGUUGCGCGCUAAAUUUCUUAAUUGUUUUGAAUUUUUAAUUAGUAAUUAACCUCGAAAAGUGUUUUAAAAAUGGAAGAACCGGUGCCGGAAAACGGCGACAGCAAUCAAAAUGGACAAGAAUCGAUGGACAAUAGUGAAGUGGAACAAAAUGAUGAAUCGCAAUCGGCGACACCCUCGGAAUCCAAUAACGAAGAAAUGGACAUGGAAAUGGAAAUGGAAAUUGCGCCAGAAGAAAUUAUCGCUCCCGAAAUCGAAACUUGUCGGCUUUGCGACGACGUUUGCGAGAAAAUGUUUAACAUUUUCGAAGACAAUCCCGAAGGCUAUCAACUGAUUGGAUUGAUUAAAGAAAAUUUGCCGAUCGUUUUGUACAAGACCGAUCCGCUUUCGAAGCAGGUGUGCGAAAAAUGCGUGCUGAAUCUGCAAGUGAUUAGCGGUUUGAAAAAACGCAGCCGGAAAACUCAAGAAAAGUACGUGGAGAAAUUAAAAGUCGAAGCGGACAUUACCGACAAAAAUGUUUUACUGUUUUUGGGAUGUACCGGAAGUAAGCUAGUUGACGACUCUGCAGUAGCAGACGACGAGGAGGAAGAAGAAGAAGAACUCAAAGACCAAGGCACAUCCACAGAAGAUCUAACAAUUUUAUGCGCCAACUGCAAAACUUCCAUCCUAGACGCCAGCACUGUCAAUGGAGAAAUUGAAUUGGCUCCUGAUUUACAUGAAAUCAUCAGGGAAUCACUUAAGAAAAAUAGAGUCGCCGCAGGAGAUGAAUCUGAAAAAGUAUUGAGGAGGAGAAAAAUUCAACCUCUUUAUCAAGAACUCGAAGAUUCGUCAUGCAGCAGUUUAACUGAACUACCUGCAGCAGCUGAUGAUACUUCACAAUACGAUGACGGCGAAGUACCCAGUGAAGUUGAUUCAGAAGAAUCUCAAGAACGUCCGGCAAAACGUAGAAAGCUCGACAAAUCCUCCAAAGAAAUUCAAGAUGAAAUUGAUCAGGCAUUGGCUAAACAAAGCACCAAAUCGAAUAGUAACGAUGGUAGUGAUGAGGAGGAAGAUAACAAUCAAGAGAGUGAUUCUAAUUUCUCUGAAGAUGAUAAGGAAAAACUGGAAGCUGAACGAGCAGCUGAAGAAGCCAGACUUGAGCAAAUUAGACUCAAAUGUGAGGAAUUGUUCAAGGAAGAACCAGAGUUCACAUUUGAACCAUUGUCGCUUCUUCAAAUCACUCUGAAUGUGAUUAACACGCAAAACAUUCCUGAUUACACUGCACUUCCCUACACCCAAAAACCAACAAAAUGCAAUUGUAAAGUUUGCAAUGAAGAAUUCAAAAAUGUGAGAUUGUUGGCGCUUCACGAACUGACCCAUAUGGAUGUUGAUUUUGAAGAGAGAAUUGAUAAUCCUAAUCCGUGGCCUAUGACCCAUCCUCAUGCUAAGAUUAGGAAUAAGUGGCUCACAUGCUUUGAUGAAAAUGGGCAAGAGGAAGAAUGUGUAUCAGAAGCCUCAGAAGACGUUGUAGAAGAUGCUUCAUUAUUAAUGGAAGACAAAGACAAAACUAUGGAAGUGUCUAAGAAAGAUGAAGUUAUUCUGGUCAAUAUGAAACCAAUGGUAAACGGAACGUAUUUAGGCGAAUACACCAAAGAAGAAAGAAAAGCUUUUUACCAAUGCAUGAGAAUAGGCGGUCAAACCAAAAGAUUCUGCGCUUUGUGCAGAUACUGCUUCAAAGACAAUUGGGCAAUAGAAAGCCAUUACUUCUCAUUUGCUUGCCAUUAUACUUGCAGGUAUUGUGGCAUGAGAUUCAACAAACAAAGGCACCGAUUCGAUGAGCAUACCAAAGAACACAAAAAGAAAAACGACAUUAUGUCUGAUAAGAUUUAUACAGCGAGCAAAGUUAACAACACCAUGCCAAAGAUUGUCCAACCCGAUAAAAUCAGAAAAAUCGUCCCAGGCGAUCCUGAAAAACCCAGAGAGAUACGUCUUGAAGAUUAUUCAACCCCACCAGUGAUAACUAAAGGCGGCUACGACCAAAGAGGCACCAGAUACAGCCACUUGAAUGGCGAACGCCAACCAACCUACCACCAAAACGUCCAAUUAGUCAAAGUCAAAGAAGAACCCAAAGACAAUGACGCCUCGCCGCAAAACAAAACCCAAAAUCAAGCCUACUUUUGCAGGAAAUGCUACAAAGUCUUUUUCAAAUUGGACGAAUUCAAUGCGCACAGUAAAAAUUGUGAUUAUAACAGUUAUGUGCCAGCUGCAAGGGCCAAUCCCAGUCCCACUGCUGCAAUUAAUAAAGCACCAGUUAUUAAAGUUAAAACAGAACUUAGGGUUAAUCCUGAGGUUAAUUUGGUUAAUGGGGCUGGAAGGCCUAUGAGAAACUGUACCAAGGAUAUUGGACCAUAUAAGGACGAAGUUUACAUACCAAAACAAAUCCUAAACGAAACUUUACCAGGCCCACCUCAAAGUUUCAUUUGCCACAUUUGCGGUACCCCGUUCCCCACAAUUUAUUCGAGGAAUAGCCAUAUGCGAAUCCACAAGGGCGAAACUCAAGGUGCAAACGGAAGUCCGUCUCACAUGCAACAGAAUAUUCUGAAACAGAGAUUACAGCAGCAACACCAGCAGCAGCAGCAACAUCAGAAUUUCCAGAUGCAGCGGGCCGCAAUGCAGCAGCAAAAACAGAUGCAGCAACAGAAACAGCUGAUGCAGAAACAGUUCCAACAGAGGCCUCCACAGGUGCAUAGUAAUUAUACGCACUUUGAUGCUGAAGUUAGGAUUAAGGAGGAACCAGUAGUUAGUUUUGAGCCAAUGGUUGAAAUUCAUGAAGGCCACGAGACUCCAUCUCCGCCGCCGCAAAUGCCCUCGAGACCAUCAAUGCCAACUGCUUUUGGAAAUGCCAUUUCGCUCACCCCGAUUGUCAAAAAACCAGCCUUGAAUCCUAACAUUCUCAAGUUAGUUGAGAACAAUCCCAAUAUAAGUUUGGUAUCCAAGAAGCCAUCUACUCCACCAUCCAGGCCAAGUUCAUCAGAAAUCACUCGCUCUAAUAUAAUCAAAAACGCUGGCGGUUAUCAAGGGCCUUACGCUCCUACCAGCCAACAAAGAGAAACUACAACUAAUUAUAUAACAGUUUCUCCUAAUUUGAUGCCCAAUGACGAUAACAAAUCGUACAAAUGCUCGAGUUGUUGGGAGGCGUUUUCAAAUAAAUCGCAUUUGUAUUUCCACAAGAAAAAUCAGUGUGAAGGUAAUGUAUUUUUAUUAUUGAGUCCUUUUGAAGAUUUCAGGCAAGACCCAAGUCAAUUUUUAUGUAAAAGUAAGGCUUCUCUGUCUUCAAAGCACCCAGGACCUGACGACAUGUAUCUAGCCUCACUUCAGUGGGGUCUGAAGCCACUUUUGCUGCACCUAGUAGGAAUGUUUAGGGCGCUUUUGGCGCUGAGAUAUAUAUUCAAGACUUGGAGAGAAGUUAAAGUGGUAUUUCUACUCAAACUACUGACUACAAAACCGUCAAGGUAUAUCGCCCCAUAA